GAGAAGGGCCCCGCUGGGCGAGCGCACGGCCAUGGCCCCGUGGCUGCAGCUCUGUUCCUUCUUCUUCACUGUCAACGCCUGCCUCAACGGCUCGCAGCUGGCAGUGGCUGCGGGCGGCUCGGGCCGCGCGAGGGGCGCCGACACCUGUGGCUGGAGGGGAGUGGGGCUGGCCAGCAGAAGCAGUGGGCUGUACAACAUCACCUUCAAAUAUGACAACUGUACGACCUACUUGAAUCCAGUUGGGAAGCACAUGAUUGCCGAUGCCCAGAACAUCACAAUCAGCCAGUAUGCUUGCCGGGACCAAGUGGCAGUCACGGUUCUUUGGUCCCCAGGGGCCCUUGGCAUUGAAUUCCUGAAAGGAUUUCGAGUAAUACUGGAGGAGCUGAAGUCGGAGGGAAGACAGUGCCAGCAACUGAUUCUAAAGGACCCGAAGCAGCUCAACAGCAGCUUCAAAAGAAUGGGAAUGGAAUCCCAGCCUUUCCUGAACAUGAAAUUUGAAACAGAUUACUUUGUCAAGAUUGUCCCUUUCCCCUCCAUCAAAAACGAAAGCAAUUACCACCCUUUCUUCUUCAGAACCCGGGCCUGUGACCUGUUGUUACAACCUGACAACAUGGCCUGUAAGCCCUUCUGGAAGCCUCGAAAUCUGAAUAUCACCCAGCACGGCUCAGACGUGCAGGUGUCCUUUGACCACGCGCCACAUAACUUCGGCUUCCGCGGCUUCUACCUUCACUAUAAGCUCAAGCACGAAGGCCCUUUCCGGCGGAGGACGUGCAAGCAGGACCAGAAUUCAGAGACAAGCAGCUGCCUCCUCCAGAAUGUCUCUCCAGGGGGUUACAUCAUUGAGCUGGUGGAUGACACCAAUACAACCAGGAAGGUGGCGCAUUACGCGGUCAGGCCAGUGCACUCUCCCUGGGCGGGACCCAUCCGAGCUGUGGCCAUCACUGUGCCUCUGGUCGUCAUCUCGGCGUUUGCGACGCUCUUCACCGUGAUGUGCAGAAAGAAACAGCAAGAAAAUAUAUAUUCACAUUUAGAUGAAGAAAGCCCCGAGUCCUCCACAUACUCUGCGGCUCUUCCCAGAGACAGGCUCCGGCCACGGCCCAAGGUCUUCCUCUGCUACUCCAGUAAAGAUGGCCAGAAUCACAUGAAUGUGGUCCAGUGUUUCGCCCACUUCCUCCAGGAUUUCUGUGGCUGUGAGGUGGCGCUGGACCUCUGGGAGGAUUUCAGCCUCUGCAGAGAAGGACAGAGAGAAUGGGUCACUCAGAAGAUCCACGAGUCCCAGUUCAUCAUUGUUGUAUGCUCCAAAGGCAUGAAGUACUUCGUGGACAAGAAGAACUCCAAACACAGAGGAGGCAGUCGAGGCGGGGGCCAAGGAGAGCUCUUCCUGGUAGCCGUGACAGCCAUUGCAGAAAAGCUUCGUCAGGCCAAGCAGAGUUCAUCCGCGGCACUGAGCAAGUUUAUUGCUGUCUACUUUGAUUACUCCUGUGAAGGCGAUGUCCCCUGCGUCCUGGACCUGAGCACCAAGUACAAGCUCAUGGACAACCUUCCUGAGCUGUGUUCUCAUCUGCACUCAGGAGAGCACAGCCUUCAGGGCCUGGGUCAGCCAGGGCAUAGCAGUAGAAGGAACUACUUCCGGAGCAAAUCUGGCCGCUCCUUGUAUGUUGCCAUUUGUAACAUGCACCAGUUUAUCGAUGAGGAACCUGACUGGUUCGAGAAGCAGUUUAUGCCCUUCCAUCCUCCCCCUGUGUGCCACCAGGAGCCAGUCCUGGAGAAGUUUGACUCCGGUUUGGUUUUAAAUGAUGUCAUAAGCAAAUCAGGGCCAGAGAGUGACUUCUGUCUAAAAGCUGAGGCUUCUCUACUUAGGGCCACCAGGCCAGCUGACUCACACCCACACCUGGAAAGUCAGCGUGUAUGCCUGAACCAAGACACAGAGACCCAACCCACCUGUGAGAGUGGCCCUGCCUUGCAGCCCCUGCUGCAUGCAGUGAAAGCUGGCAUUUCCUCGGAUAUGCCGCGGGACUCGGGCAUAUAUGAUUCCUCUGUGCCCUCAUCAGAGUUGUCUCUGCCUCUGAUGGAGGGCCUGUCCCCUGACCAGAUGGAGACAUGUUCUCUGACCGGGAGUGUAUCUUCUUCCUCUGGUCUAGGUGAGGAGGAUUCCCCUACCCUCCCUUCCAAGCUCCUCGCCUCUGGGGUGUGCAAAGUAGAACAUGUUUGCCACAGCUACACUGAUGAACUCCAAGCAGUUGCCCCUUUGUAAGGACAUGGAAGGGUCUGAGCAUCGCCACUUUAACUGCUGCUUGCUCUGGUUCCCCAGCUCACCUCUGUGGUUGUGCGGCCACUUGGAGCUGAAGGUUCACACAAGGAUAUUCGGAGUAAAAUUUGGGCCAAUCCUUGAUCUUUUCUGCUCCAGCCCAAGUCUCCGAUUUCCCAGAAGCAUAUGGAGCCCUGCAAGACACUUCCUUUAGACCAGGCAGCAGCAGGCUGUGUGAGGCCGGUCCUCGGAUUGGAGCCCACUCUGGGAGGCAUGGGGCGGGGAGCAGGUAAAGAGAAGUAGGAAGCACCAACAGUUCUAUUCCCCUUCGGCUACUUUGAUUCAAAAUGCUUUGUGGAAAAAGCACUUUGAACAUCAUUCCAGCUACACAUAUCAAUCAAGUACUGUCUGGGACCCGGAUUGUGCAGCAAGUGGUAUUUCCAUUUAGUUUCGAUGUGAAACUUAACACUGUCCCGAGUGUUAAGUAAAUUUUGAGUCAAAAGUCCAGACACAUUUUAUGAGAAAACUUUCUCUGUAUUAUUGGGAAAAAUGGCUGACUAGGAUGGAAUCCCAUGGAGCAGGUUGACCGUCUUGAUCAUCGUAUGUGAAGACAAGAUGGCAGAACCUGGGCAUCUUCCCUGGGACUAAGGAGCCAUCAUGUGGGGAUCACAGCUGUCUGUUUAGUUCCUCUGGGAUAUGUUUACUGCUCUGUAGCUCGAGUGAUGAUGGCUGGAAAUAAGGACGAUUACCCAGCUGGACAACGUUAUUGGAAGCGGUAGUUCGUGCUUCGGCUAGUGCAGUGUCCUGAAUGUUAGAGGUCAAAAUCUACUAAAUACAACAGCGUGAGGAUGGGAGGUGGUGGCCAGUUAAUCUGCUGACGUGGCUUGACUAGUGACAAACCUCCUUUGUAGAAAGCAGAAAGGAGGGGAUUGUUACGAAAGUAAAUGUUGUAUUUUUCUGAAUGACUCUUGUACAGAAGUUCUGUUUCCAAAGACAACAUCUCUCCAUAUGCUCUUUAUGAAUUAGGUGUAAUAAUGAUGCAGCUGUCUCUAUGGAAACCCUCAUCCUCUUGCCCUGGCACACUUGGUGUGAGCAUCCUUCUCCACUGUUAUCAUCAGGGAUGUUGGAUGUUGGAUGUUGCAGUCUGUUUUCUCAGCGUUCUACUGGGAACUGUGAAGGGUUUUCCCAUUCCUUAACCACAUAGGAUCAGCCUUAAGGAGGAUUUCUAAGAAAGACCCCAAGGUGGGGUGGACGGGAGAUGAGCAGGGCUUUCCCUUCUAGCAUAUUUUUAGUGGGAUGGGAUGGGAAGGGAAGCCUUGGCUCCUACUGAGAAGAAGUGGUCUGUGUGUGUUUUGGAUGGAAGAUUCCCCCUGCUCUGUACAGGCGACUGGCAGCUGUUCUGGGUCUCACUGGAACACCAGCCUCUCAGCAGAGGAGUUCAUUCCAUAUUGCCACUGUGGAUUCCAGACCGAGCAGACAGAGCUCCCAGCGCCACGGGACUCCCCUGACCAGACUCAAUCUUGGCAUGCGUUCUCUGAAGGAGAUCAGUGGGCCUAAAUUGCUAACGCAUGACCAUUCACUGGGAACAUCAUUAGAGAGGCUUUUUUUUUUUUAAACUGAGGCCAAGAAAUAUUUUAUGCCCUACAAAGAGCCCAUCUCCCCCAAGAAACCACUUUUAGCAUAGAUACUCCGCUUUGGAUAGGGAAUGUGGGACCCCUGAGAGUGGCACAGCCCCAAGCAAGGCCCAGACAGAAAGCUCACUGCAUGGAUCCAGGUGAGGACACCGUUUGAGCCGCAGCCUAAUAUGCUAGUCUGAAAGGCCAGGAUCAUCAGGGGAUGUUUCGGUUUGGAUUUAGCGAUUGGAUUCUUUUAUUUUGAACUACAACUAUUCUGACCAGGAGACUCAGAUUCUAAUGUGCCAAGUGAUGAAGCUAAGGUUGCUUAACUCAGGAUAAGACAGACGGUGGGCAAUGAAGGGAAAUUUUGUUAGUCAGCCCCCUUUCCCCUCAAUCUCAUCAUGAGCUAAGAAUGAGAAUGGCUGUGCAGAGUGUCUGUUCUGAACAGAGCUGCGGUUUUUGACUCAGAAUUGUCCAUUGAGGUAGAGACAGUAGGAUGGAGUCAGAGGAAGAUCUGACAAGGUACAGGCUCUUUGAUGCUGUGGGGAAACAAGAGGAGGCUGGGUCUGAGCGUGGCUAAGGAGAGGGUGUCCACUGGAAACGAGACCAGGGUGAGAUCAGCGCACCAGGAAGCACCGAUGAUGAAGUAGUUUUUGACCUGUAUCUAAGGGUGUCCCACAAGUUCAUCUGAUACUCAGAAACCUCGCUACAGGGGGUGUGCUCUGAGCAGUUGGAGGCAAGUAACAGGAACCACCUCAAUGGGCUGCAUGGAUGCAGAGGCUUGCGGCGUUGGGGCACAUGGAUUUUUAAAAAGAAGUCAUCCUUGCCCAGGCCCAGAGAUCAGAUGGGAUGUAGGCGGGUGAUAGAGUAUCUCAGUCAAGAAUGAGGGCCGGGCAAUGGUGGCGCACGCCUUUAAUCCCAGCACUCGGGAGGCAGUGGCAGGUGGAUCUCUGUGAGUUCGAGACCAGCCUGGUCUACAAGAGCUAGUUCCAGGACAGGCU